UCAUUUCAAGUUCAAAGAGAUUUUUCAUUGGCACCACCAAUAUUUACGACAGUAGUGCUUAUUGCAGAGUUAGGUGUUAGAAGAGGUUACUUUAAGUAAAAGUAAAACUGAUAUUCUAAAAACUGUAGGUUAUUUUGAUUUAUGAUAGCUCUAUCAUGUUCCAUGUUUGUCAUGGUGCUAAUUCUGUUGAUCUCGGUAUUAUUUCAUUUCACUAGAUGGGGUAAGUGUUAGUGGUGAUGACUAUUGUAACUCUGAUGUGGAUUGGCAAGAAUCUAGGGAAGAGUGAAGUUGGAACUUUCAGGGACGAGCUUUCUUCUCUGUUUCAUCCCAGCAAUGGGGAAAUUAAAGAAAUUUGGAUUCUGGAGGAUGGGAUCGAUUCUUCUCCUCAAAUUUAGAAAACUCCGAUGAGGUUAAGUAUGUAAAAGAGAAAUUAGGAGAUGAGGGUGCUGGUUUUUUGAAAAAAUCCAGAAUAAUUUUGGUUCCUAUUUCAAAUGGCGAGGAAAAAGUAAAAAAGAAGAGUUUGCUGAAGCCUAAAGUCGGUAAGAAGAAGCAGGAGCAGUGAUGUUUUGGUCUUGCUUUUGAGCUUGGCUUCCUUAAUUCAUUGUUUUUGUUCUCUUUGGCGGUCCUGUCGUCGCUGCACUUGAAUCAAUUUUUGGUUCAUGGUUUUCCAUUUGGGGAGUGGAUCUUUUGUAAGCUUUUUGUUUAGCUUCUUCAUUAGGUGGCUCAGCUUCUGUUUUGCCAAGUUCCUUGGGCUGCUUUCUUAGGAUUUUUGUUUGGUUGUUUCUGUGUUUAGGUUGGUCCUAAGCAUAAGGGUUUUUGGUUUGUAUUGGUUCUCUUUGGUAUUUUGGCUUGGCUUAGAGUGUGUAUGUAUUUUUUGGUUCUUGGUUGGGUUGUUUAUGCUCUACUUUUGGAAGUUAAUGUAACUUGCUCAGUGUUUUUUUUUUUCCUUUUCAAUGAAAAAUUCUUUUUGUUGUCAAAAAAAGAAAAGAAAAGAUGGGGUAGCUUCACGCAACUUUAUGAUAUUCCUAAGCUUCUCUACGAUCUCAUUGGACACCUGGCACAAGUUCUUUUUGUUAACACAGUUGCUCCUUAAUACAUUAAUGUAUGUGUGUGUAUCAUGUUUCUGUGGUAUUCAGUAUUCUAGAAUUUGCACCCUUAGUAUACUGCAGUGGCCAAUGAGUUUAUUCGUAUUCUCUCUUCUAUCUUAUUUCUAUGUCCAUAAUAAUUGUUAUGAUUCUAGCAACACUGUUUUCAUUGGUUCCAUUCCCUCUUUAGACCAUCCUUAUUAAUGAGCUGCCUUCCAUGAAAAUGUUUUGGUCAGAACUGCUUCCACUAUAGGCAGCUGACAUACGUUGCUGGUGUUCAUUGACUUUAUUUUAUCCUUUGGAGGAGAGAUAGAAUUUAUACCAUUGUUAAUCCUCGUCUCGAAGAGUUAAAGUCAUAUAAGUUACAGAUGGACGAGUCAGAAAAUCUUGUUAAGCAGAGUGAUCAUGGUAAGCGAAAAUUGGGUGGAGAGGCAUCCAAUGUAGAGUCUCCUGCCAAACGACGAAAAGAUGUUGUACAUGAGACAAAGAAGGUUGACGGAAAGGGUAAAGGUCAAUCACAAAACUUAGAUGAUCAAACAGGAGAUAGCAAAGCAAGAGUUAAAAAAUCUAAUGAUGCAAGUGACCAACAAAUGAAAGAUUCCGUCCAGGAAAAAGGGAAAGUAUAUAGUGACCAAUGCACUGCAUUCAUCUCCAACCUCAACCUCAAGGCAACUUAUGAGCACUUGCGGGACUUCUUUGAAGAUGUUGGUGGAGUUGUCGCAGUUCGAAUAUUGCACGAUAAGUUUACUGGAAAAUCACGGGGACUAGCAUAUGUAGAUUUCUCUGAUGAUGCACAUCUUGAUGCUGCAGUUGCAAAAAACAAGCAGUUGCUGCUUGGGAAAAGGAUAAGCAUUGCACGGUCUGAUCCUAAGAAAGGAGGCCAUGCUACAGAUCGAGCUGGUGGAGGCAAGAGACCCGAGUCCAGAGGUUUCGGGAAGGAGCCUAGGAAGGCCAAGGAACAGCCAGCGGAAAGGAAGCACGGAGGGGACGGUGUCGAGCUCAAGGGAAAGAACACGUUUGCAGUGCCCAGGAAUGUUAGAGCGCUUGGUUGGACAGCAGAUAAACCAAAAAAUGGGGAACAAGAUGAUGAGACGCCAAAAACCAAUGAUGAAUUCAGGAAACUGUAUUUUAAAGGCUGAUUUAGCUUUUUUUGUUGUUGUGACGUAGGUUAGAGUUUCUCCCCUAAUAUCACAAUAUCACAAGGGGAUUUUUGUUUUUACUUUAGAAAGUACUAUUUCUGUGUAGUAAAAUUCUGUUUAGGUAUACUAUGGUAUCCUUUUGUUUGGAUGCCUGUAUUGGGUCUGUUGUAUAUAGUCCACUUGAGAUGUGCACCAUUUAAGUUUAUUUUCAGGUUUUUUUUUUUUUUUUUAUUUGAUAAAAACGACAGUUCACUA